AUGGACUGGCAGCGAUGCAAAAGCUCAGGGUUGCCUGCGCUGCUGGCCGUUCCGGCCAUGCUGUGGCUCGCUGUCUGCUGCAACGUGCUCCAGGUGCUUUGCCUGAUCCUUUGGGUGGCGGGACUCCGCAAGGAGUACACGCAGGCGAUACGAUUAAUCGUCGAGGUCAUGCACAGGCCUUUCCUCUACUUGAUGCAGUAUGCUGGUAGCAGGGUAUACAUCUACGGCGAGGGUGAUGUCAAGGCAGAUAUCCUGCAGAGUUUGGGCUACAAUCAGUCCUUGAUCUUCUCCAACCAUCGCGGAGACUUAGACUGGCUGAUUGGCCUGAUGGUGGAGGACAACGGCGGAGGUCUAGGCUGCUGCAAGGCCAUCGUGAAGCAGGAGCUCGUUUUCUUGCCUCUUUUUGGCUUUGCCUGGUGGUCAGCGGACUUCAUCUGCAUCAACAGGAAUUGGCAGUCCGAUCGACGAAAGCUGGACGCAGGCUUUGUGCCUAUGCAAGUGUCGGUAUACAAACGUGCAGCCGUGUAUGCCGUCCGCUUUUUGUGCUGGGAGAUGUUGGGAUUGGGAUGGCUGGCUGAGGUUAUCAGCGACAGCACGAAUACCGAAAAUGGGCCUCUUUCUGAGUUGACGUACGUGCAUGUGGCGUGCAUGUGGGUGCGAGCUGGCAUCAUGCUGGUUGGAGCAGAGCAUCAUCGCCAGAACAUGUGCUCUUCUGACCAGGCCAUCCCCUACACACUCACCAUCUUUCCCGAGGGCACUCGGCUAACGCCGGAGAAGCUGCGUGAUAGCCAGGACCGAGGCGGUGCAAGCACGGCUGCAAUUGCCAGUAGUGUGUGGAUGCAGGAGGAUGUUAUACUACAUGUUUGA